AUGUCUGGCUAUGAUGGAACGGGUCAAGCAGGGCUCAUGAAGUUUCAACCUCCUGCCAUCGACAAUCCGGUGUACUACGGCAGUUUUCCUCCUACCCCGUACGAUCAUCACCCUCUUCUCCAACCUGGGAACCCCCAGGAAGCCGACUUCCAGUAUCUCGCUGGAAGCGAAUAUGCCUCUGAGAAGAGCAUUGUGCAAGGCAGAGCCCCUUCCGUGGAGUUUCGAGACCAGAGAGAUGGGGACGUGAGGGUGGCCAGUGCGCACCACCAACGUAUCCCCUCAUCUCAGAGUUUUCACACGCUUCCCCGCAAACGCAAGGCUUCGACUGAGGACGAGUACGACCUCCCGGCUCAGAAGAAAGUCGUGCUUGCUCAAGUCCACGUCCAAGAUCCCAACGGCGAUUACUAUGACCUGAGCGGUCAAACAUCCCCCUAUUCUCCCUUCGUGCCGACGCCAACCGGAAGCACUGGCCUUCCUGCUUGCAUUAGCCAUGGCGCGUCCCCUCGACCCUCUGGUCACCACUAUUCGACCUCAACUGCGUCCCAGGUCUCUCUGGCUGCUCCUUCGCCCCAUACGCCUGCGUUCAGCCCCUCGUUCACCACGGUCAAGAGCGAGCAGAGUCCGGCAGCGCCCAUGACACCUAUUCCCCGUCCAACAACAAGCUCGCCUUUGAAAUCGUCAGUUCCCAAGCUGGUCCGUACAUCCACCAUGCAGCAGUCACCAACGGCUCCCUGCGCGACGAUUGCCAUUGGACAGACCCAGACCUUUAACCCGUAUACCUUGUCCACCCUUAAAGCCAAUCUUAAACUCAAAGGUGACUUGGACACCAUGAAACAAGAUUGGACCGCCGAGGAGAAGGAAGCUCGCCGGCGCCUUGUGGUGUUUGAACGAGACCAAUCCGGCAGCACUAUUACUGCAAAUUUCAAGGCAGUCGCCCCCCAAGAUCGCCAGGCCAGCAGCAUUUGCAUCAGCUGCAUCUGGUGGAAAGAGAAGAACGAGUUCUUCGUCACCUCGGUCGACACCAUCUAUCUUCUUGAAGCUCUCGUCGGCGUUCGUUUCACUGUCGAGGAGAAGAACCGCAUUCGUCGCAAUCUCGAAGGCUUUCGCCCUCUGACUGUCUCCAAGGCUCGAUCCGACAGCGAGGACUUCUUCAAAGUUAUCAUGGGCUUUCCUCAUCCAAAGCCACGCAACAUUGAGAAGGACGUCAAGGUCUUCCCAUGGAAGAUCCUCGCCACCGCAUUGAAGAAGAUUAUUUCCAAGUACUCUGCAAGCUACUCUUCGACUGCGGCUCCGCUCCUCACGCCCGCUUCUUCCAUCUACAGCGGCGAAGGCCUGUCCGAAUAUCAGUAUCCCUCUUCCCCCCAUCCAGAAUACAUGGCUGUCGCGGGAUACCCGAUGAAUUCUGAAAUGGGUUACCUUCCCCCAGCCGUCCAGAUGCGCAUGCCUGGACCUGUCGUCACUGGACCACCCGAGUUACAGUUGCAGAUGCCCGAGUACGUCCCUGCGUACGACGUCAACGGCCAGUACAUUUAUCAGAAUGGAGUUCCAGUCACCCAAGCGACGAUGGGUAUGCCGGCCCACCCCAUGACUGCUCCAGUUACGCGCAUGCCCACAUGGGAAUAUGCCAGCUUCGUCAAUGACAGCCCGGUCACCAUGGCACCGCAAAGUGCACCGCCUACGGCUUACCCCCGCGGACCCAUGGCUGAAGCUACCGACUUCAUGUCCCAUGUGCACUACCAACAACACUGA